AUGACAGACAAUUCUACAUAUCACUACAUCUCAUCUUUCUUUCUGGUUGGUAUUCCUCGUUUGCAAGAGUUCCACUGCUGGAUUGGCAUCCCUGCCUUCCUACUGUAUGUCCUGACCCUGCUGGGGAACAGUGUAAUCAUUGUCACCAUCAGACUGGAGCCAAGCCUCCACCAGCCUAUGUAUUUCUUCCUUUGCAUGCUGGCAAUGAAUGGCAUGGCUCUUGCCUCUUCCAUAGCCCCCAAGAUGCUGGGUAUCUUCUGGUUGGAAGCUCACAGGUUUGACUUUAAUGACUGCCUAACGCAAAUGUUUUUCAUUCACAUGUUUUGUAUAAUUGAGUCAGCCCUCCUAGUUACCAUGGCCUUUGAUCGCUAUGUAGCUAUUUGCAUCCCACUUUAUACAGCCAUCCUGACAAAACCCCUGGUCAUUAUAAUGGGUCUGGGUAGUGUGACCCACACUACUCUGAUGGUUUUGCCCUCUCCUCUCCUAAUUCAGAGGCUACCAUAUUAUACCAAAGAUGGCAUCAAUCAUGCCUAUUGUGAACACAUGGCUGUGGUGAAGUUGGCCAGUGCCAACACUCACGUUAACAGGGUAUAUGGAAUCUCAGUUGCCCUUUCAGUGAUGAUAUUGGAUCUAGUGCUCAUAGCUACAUCCUGUGUUAAAAUCCUUCAGGCAGUCUUUCAGCUCUCUUCCCAGAAUGCUCGCUCUAAAGCACUAGGCACCUGUGCUUCCCAUGUCUCCACUAUACUGGUUUUAUACACACCUGCACUGUUUAGCUUCCUAACUCACUGCAUUGGCAAGAAGGUACCUCCAAGCAUCCAUGUAAUUUUUGCAAGUUUGUACCUUCUACUGCCCCCUACAGUCAAUCCCCUGGUAGAUGGUGUCAAGACCAAGCAGAUUCAUGACCAAGUAAUGGGUCUAUUCUUCCCAAACAAGAAAAUUUCUGAAAACUGA